ACGUCAUAGAAUAAUACGGAAGCAGUGUUGGACAAAGAGCAAACGCGUGUGGUCACAACCCCAGUUAAAUAACAAGCAAAAUGUCUUGAAUCUGCCCACCACAACAGAUAAUGCUGGUAAUCUUAUUACAGACCACUGCCAGUGUGACCAUGGAUGGGUACACAGUCCAUAAUGUGGUUGGUGAAGGCUCCUUCGGUCGGGCGUUGCUGGUCCAAUCUAGAUCCAACCAGGAGACUUAUGUAAUGAAAGAGAUCCGCCUCCCAAAGACUCAGUCAAAAAUGGAGAAUGCCAGAAGAGAGGCGGUCCUGUUGUCCAGGAUGAAGCACCCCAACAUCGUGUCCUUCAAGGCCUCUUUCGAAGGUGAUGGUCAUCUUUACAUAGUGAUGGAGUUCUGUGUUGGAGGAGACCUGCUCCAGAGAAUCCUGCAGCAGAAGAACAAGCAUUUCCCACAGGACACAGUUCUCAAGUGGUUUGCCCAGAUGUGUUCUGGUACAAAGCACAUUCACGACAAACGGGUCUUACACAGGGAUCUGAAGUCCAAGAACAUCUUCCUGUCUGACAAAGGAACAGUCAAGCUUGGGGACUUUGGUUCUGCGUGUGUUCUGAAUAGCGCGAAGGUCUAUGCUCAUACAUAUGUUGGAACGCCUUACUACGUUUCUCCAGAGAUCUGGGAUAACCAGCCAUACAACAACAAGAGUGAUGUGUGGUCCCUUGGCUGUGUCCUUUAUGAGCUCUGUACCCUCCAGCAUCCGUUCCAGGCUCCUAGUUGGAAGUCUCUGAUAAUGAAGGUGUGUCGGGGUUCAUACCCCCCCCUACCCCCACACCUGCCCUACGAGUUGCAAUACCUCAUCAAACAGAUGUUCAAGACCAACCCCAGGGACCGCCCAUCCAUCCACACUAUUCUGACAUCCCACCGCGUAGCCAGGCUACUGCAAAGUCACCUGGCCAACCAGGAGCUGCAAGAGGAAAGGAGAACAGGGAGAUGGAGGAUAGAGGAGGGGGAGAAGGUAGCCUCGAUGCUGGGCCAGAAGACCCUCAUGACAGCCUCUACCAUGGAAGAUCCCGGUCUUGUGUCCCGCGAGGCCCUGUGUGAGGACAGCAGGAGAAAGCAGUGGGUCCCCGGGCCUUCAAACACAGCUCUACAGGUGUUAGCCAAUGCUGAUCUCCUCACCUCUGGGAGCCUGGCACCCACACACCCAGAGGUGUCUGACGAGGACCCACCAGGGAAGACCAGGGGGAGGAGGCAGUGGGACAGGAGUCCCCCAGAGAGACUCCUCAGCCUUCUACAGAAAGCCCAGCUCAGCACUGCAUUCAGGACAUACUCCAUACACAGGCAUGGUGAGGAUCCUCUGGUGGGUCCCCUGUCUCCGAGGGGAGGUGACAGUACCGACGGACGGAUGGAGGUGGAGGAGGACAUGACUGUGGACGAGGACAGGCUGGAACCGCGCUCUGAUGACGAGGACACGGACUUCGAAGAGGAUUCUCCCUGUGAUUGGAUGAAGGAAUUGGAGCAGAUGUCUACGGACCAGGUUACCUAGGUUACCUUCAACAGUCUUGGGGCGGAAGGAUGUCCUGUUGGAAAUGCAAAUGUGUUCUCAUUCGUGCUUACCUGGUAAAAUCCAAAGCUGCUUGAAAGUAUGUGAACCCCUUCUGCAAUUUGAUGUGUGUAGUGUUCACCGUGAAGUCUUUAUUUAAUCAGCACCAGUCUUUUUUAUGUGGCAGCAGCUUGGCCUAGAAAUGGACGCCCUUCCGAAAUAUCCCCAAGAGCUGCAAGAAAAAUAAUAAAUCAGGUAAAUUCCAACCCAAACAUAACAUCAGGAGAAUGGCACAGCUCCCUUGCUGCAUCACAGGUUAUUGUGCAUGGUUCAAAAAUAAUCAGAACACUGCAUCGAAAAGGCAUUCAUGGGAGGGUUGCUAGGAAGAAGCCUCUGUGAAAAAAAAUGCCUGUCUUAACUUUGCCAGAGAACGUCUGGACCUGCCUCAAGGUUUCUGGAAAUCAUUCUUUGGACAGAUGAGUCCAAAAAUUUACAUUUAUAUUCACACUCAAAAUCAAAAAACACAACACUGCCUACGACCAAAAGAACUGUAUCCCAACCCUUGGGUAUGGUAGUGGGCAUGUCAAGAUCUGGGGCUGCUUUUCCUCCUCUGGACCUGGUCGACUACACAUCAUCAAAGGAACCAUGAAUUCUGAGGUAAACCAGGAGAUUCUUGAACAGAACUUCAGGCCAUAAAGUCAAGGACCUAAAGCUGGGAUGAAAAUAGGUCUUCCAAUAAAACAAUGACCCAAAGCAUUCAUGCAAAUCUACCAAAGAAUGGCUCAGGCGAAAGAAGAUUUUUUUUUUUGGAUUGGCCAAGUAUAAGACCCUAAUCCAAUCAAGAUGCUAUGUCAGGACCUGAAGUGGGCAGUGCAUGCCAGACACCCCUCAAACCUCACUCAAAAAGCUGAGUUAUGUAAAGAGGACUGGGCAAAAAGCUGAGUUAUGUGAAGAGGACUGAACAAAAAGCUGAGUUCUGUAAAGAGGACUGGGCAAAAAGCUGAGUUCUGUAAAGAGGACUGGGCAAAAAGCUAAGUUAUGUAAAGAGGACUGGGCAAAAAGCUAAGUUAUGUAAAGAGGACUGGGCAAAAAGCUGAGUUAUGUAAAGAGGACUGGGCAAAAAGCUGAGUUAUGUAAAGAGGACUGGUCAAAAAGCUGAGUCUGAUUAGUGGCAAUAGGAGACAUUUACCCCAAGUUAUCGCUGCUAAUGAAAGGUUUCACAAGUUAUUGGAUCAAGGGGUUCACAUAUUUUGGCAUGUAUGAAAUCAGACCUUUUGUGAAAUAAACCACUUUUGUUAAAUACACAA